GAUUAGGGUUUAUGGGAUCGGUCUCUGAUCGGCUUGUCCUCGGUGUCUGACUUUGCAGUUGGUGAGACGCUGUUGUAAUCUCGCAGGUGUGCGCACAGUGUUGUUGGAGUCUGGCGAUGGAUGUGCCUGAGAAAUCCUAUUUCAUGCUUGUAAUUGACGCAUCAUUUCCUUCCUGGGCUACUUGGGAUUCUUUUCCAUUGCGGUAGGCUUUGGAGCUUCAAGCACUCAGCCACUUUAGACAUGUGCAGUCAUCACAGGGAAUGCACCGGGUCAUGAGGAUGCCAACAGGACAAUAGGACGCUACGGUUGCACAGUAGGCUUACGUCUUCACAACUUCAUUUUACGAUGGCCCCAAGGGUCAUCUUCAUUAAGAAACGAUGCCAAACUUCUCUAGUUUUGUUAAAAUACAUACAUAAUUUCCGGAAUUCGGGAGUCUCUGUUCUUCCUUCAAAUCUUGGCAGAGAAUCUGGAAUUCCAGCAGAUCGGGCAGGUAUCCCAGUUUGUGUAACGGGUACCUCCAGUAUACAAAUUUCUAAUGAACACUGCGUAGUGGGAGAAGAAGCGAGGUUUCUGGGAAAUCUACCCAGACAAGAGGUUAGAUGUAAUAUACAGGUUCCUUCUCAUAAUGCUUUGUGGAGUAAUAAUGUCAAGAGAAUGUUCUCAUCUGCUGUGGGUGGUGGUAGUACGCACCAUACUAAAAUGGAUCAGAAGUACUCCCUUCGUGGCCUUAAGCCUGAAGAUCAGACUUCCAGGAGAGUUAGUAGGAUUCUUAGGUCAUGGAAUCAUAAUACACCCAUGGAAUUAGAACGUCUGGGUGUGCCUUGGAACCCCUUCAUCGUGUGUGGGGUGCUUAAAAGCAAUAUUCGUGCAAAGAAAGCUUGGGAGUUUUUUAACUGGUUAAAAUCGCAGGAAGGUUACACGCACAAUGUGUAUACGUACACGACCAUGAUUGAUCUAUUUGGGAAGGCAGGAAAUUACGCAGCUAUGGAGAGCGUGGUUGAGGAGAUGUGCCAGGAAGGACACUCUUUGAGUGUUGUAACCUACACAAUUUUGAUACAUUGGUACCGACAUGCUAAGGACUUAAAUGGUGUUCGAAGAGUUUGGAAACAAAUGGCUGAGAAGUCUGUUAAAGCAAAUGUGGUCACAUACACAGCGUAUAUCGAUGCCCUUGUGAAAGGAAACUGUCACCUUGAAGCCAUGGAGGUUUUUCGAGAAAUGCAAGAAAGCCGGUGCCGGCCUAAUAUUUACACAUACACCGUUUUGAUUCAUAGCCUUGUCGAAGCUGGGAAACUUGAAGCUGCGACUGAACUGUUUUAUAAGCUAGGAGAAGUUAAGUGCACACCUAACGGUGUUACGUACAGUCUGCUCAUGGCAUCUCACUUCAAGGCAGGCAACUUCGAGAAGGUCUUCACUUUAUUCAGGGCUAUGAGGGAGAGCGGUAUAGGAGCUUCAGCAGAACAGCGAUCGGUAGUGUCCCGCUCUUUGGAGGCCUUGGGAAUGCCGAAGGAAGCAGGGCAAAUACGUUCGGGUGUGGAUGAGCUCAAAGUGCUGCUUAAAUUGGGUUCUAAUGACUUGCUGGCUGAUGAAAGUCGUGAGAUUUCUGGAAAUGAAGAAAUGGCCCCAAAUUGGCUUCCAAAGCCAAAACAGCUCGCUAAGAAGCUGAGAGUCUGGGGUCCGGAGACUGAUACUAUACUAGAACAAAUUGGGCGGAGACUGAAACCUCCAUACGUGAUGAAUGUUCUCAAGGAACUUCGAACAAAUGCCGCAUUAGCGUGGCGGUUUUUUCAGUGGGCUCAAUCACAGGAGGGAUACAAACACACACAGUAUACGUACAUGAAGGUUGUGGAAAUUGUUGGGCAUGUAUCGAAGGCCGGAAGCAGCAACGAAUUAAUGGAAAAGGUUUUGUCAGAACUAGAGAAAGAGGGGACGAAUGAUCUCGACAAGUUCAACACCCUCAUUAAGUAUUACUCUGAAAACAACAACAUCGCCGCCGCUGAACAGGUUUUCAACCGUAUGAGUGCUGUAGAAUGCAAGGCCAGUGAAACGACAUAUACGUUGCUGAUUGAUAUGUAUUCAAGGACAGGAGCGCACGCUAAAGCAUUGGAAGUGUACGAGGAGAUGCAGAAGGCAGAAUGCAAGCCCAGCAUGCAUACGUACACAGUCCUUAUGUACAGCUUGGCAAGGUCUGGAAAGAUGACGGAGGCAGAAACACUCUUUGAGAGUUUGCCCUCACUAGGCUUCAAACCAAGCGCAGUCACCUACACAGCACUAAUGCAGUCGCUCUUGAAUAUUGGAGAAGAUAAUAAAGCUUUGGCGCUCUUCGAACGCAUGAAAGAGGCCAAAAUUAGUCCUACCAAGAUCACCCUCAAAGUUCUAGCCAAGGGGUUGCGGAAAGCUGGUCGACUUGAGGAGGCUCAGAAGAUUGCAGAUUCUUUGCCAUACAUGCGCGGCAUGUUUUUGGAGCCUGAAGAGUCGCAAAGGAUCAGCAGGGGCGCCAAAGAAGUCCAGGACUUAGUAUCGUCCAACUUCUUCCAACCCAUCGCAUCUUCUGAUGCUUCAAAAGAGGAGUCAUAUGUUCAAACUGCAGUCUAGUGUUUUCUAACAUGAGUGUUGUCUCUGGAGAUGAUUCCUGCUGCCCAGCUUACUCACAUAGUCCAUACCGCCUUGCUUGGCGGUAGGAAAUCCGAAUGAAAACUUUUUCGUGUUGGAGUGAACUUCAAGUUCUAUCAGGACAUAGAUCCUGAGAUUUAGGAUUGCUAUGGUUUCACCAUAGCAGCCUUACAUCAGGGACCGCCCUUGUAGUUUCUUUGACACCGAUUGCUCGCCGAAAGGGCUCUAGAAAUGUUGGAUUUUAAUGCGGCAGUUGACAUCCCAUCAAAAUUGAAUGGAAUGUGUCAUUGGAUAGGCAUAUUCCAUUCAAUUUUGAUCUUAAAUUAUUCUUAAAUUUUAUCCGGUGUGCACCUGUCUCAUGAUUCUUCUGCCCCGACGGGAAAUAUGUCCUGUUGAUGAGAUAUUUCUCGGUCAGUGCCUUGAUUCAUGUGCUUGAAUUCUGUCUACUGUAUCCAUUGGAGAUAUGCUAGUACCUUGUAAGCCACAUUCGAUGUUAGUGCUAAUUUUUGUUUUUUCGUGAAGUUUCGCAACAUGGGAAAUAGGCAUUCAGCAUCAUGUCAGUCUCAGCACGGACCAGAAUCAUUAAGAGAAACAUGGCGGAGGAAGGUGAACUGAGUAGGACAUAGAAAGAGAGUAGAAUGAGAGGGUAACAGAGGGAGAAUAGUAAUGUAGAUAGGAAUGUAUUUACAAAAUUUUGGCCAAGUAGGAGCUUAACACAGAUUAGAGUGUAAGAUUUUCACUUGUGCUUGCUAAAUAUGUAGGCAAAGUGUUUACUGGAGUGACCAAGUGAAGGUACUCUAUCACCAGAAAGAGACAAGUGCUACAAGAAGUGGUGCAUUUUCUA